AUGUCUACCUAUGCCGACAAGAGUCUGAUGGACCAGCCCACGUAUAUUUGUCCUAUUGAUGCCGAGCCACUUCACCGCUACCGACAAGGCGGUUACCACCCAGUCACCUUAGGAGAAUGCCUUAAAGCUGGAAGGUAUAAGGUUUUGCAUAAAUUAGGAUGGGGUGGCUACUCGACAGUUUGGGCCGCGAGAGAUCAAAGGACAGAGAGCUACGUCGCUGUGAAGAUUUCUACUGCAGAAAAGAAUGAUGACAAGGAGACACGAGAACUCCAAACUCUGAAGGAAUUGGCAUCUUAUCAACCGAGUCUGACGCAUGUGGUGCAGUUGCUCGAUGAUUUCGAUCUAAUGGGUCCAAAUGGAUUUCAUAAAUGCCUCGUUUAUGAACUUCUGGGACCAAACAUUCCGGACGUAAUUGAGGCACACUUCUCCAGUGGGAGACUCCCCGGAAGGCUUGCUAAAACCAUUGCCAAGCAAAGUCUUGCCGGGCUUCAUGAUUUGCACCAACGAAAUAUUGGACAUGGAGAUUUGCACACUCGCAAUUUGGCCUUCAACAUGCCUUGCUUCGACAAGAUAACCGAGGAGACUUUUUUUGAGAUAGUGGGAAAACCUGAAAUAGGUCGUGUCCAAAGGCGCGAUGGGAAAGACCAUGAGCUCGGCGUGCCGGAAUAUAUUGUGAAGCCUACCUCAUACCGAACCUGUCUUUGGAACUCGGCUCAGUCAAUCAAAAUAAUUGACUUCGGAGAAUCAUUUUCAUGUCCUACUGUUCCUCACACGCUACACACACCUUUGCCUGUUCGAGCACCCGAAGUUAUAUUCCAGGAUAAAAUUGAUCAUCAUGUUGACUUGUGGAGUAUGGGCUGCAUGCUCUUCGAACUUUUCACAGGCCAGCCACCUUUUGACACCUUCUUAAUAACAACCCCAAUUCUCAUCAGUCAAAUGCACGAGAUGGCAAGUGACGAUCUACCUAAACGAUGGCAAAAGAUAUGGGAUAAGAUGGAUAAAGAGGACGGCGUGACCGCGGAAAGCCCCGGACCGAAUUUGCAAGAAUGGCUGGAAGAAUUGUAUUUUGAUGGACGCCAGAUCCCUGAUCUCCCAAGAGAGGAUAUAGUGAGGCUUGGAAAAAUCAUUGGAAGGUUGUUGUGUUUUGAACCGUCGGCAAGGGCAUCGGCGAGAGAGAUCCUGGAUGACCCUUGGUUUAAUGAGUAA